AUGAAUAUUAUAUGUAUGAGGUCAUAUAAAAGUGCUAAUAUAAUAGAAACCUUAUUAUGUAGAAGAUAUUUAUCAGAUUUUUUAUUUGUUCCUAAAUGUGAACCUACAAAAGAUUCAUAUUUAUUGAAGUUAAAAGAUUUUAUUGAUAAUCAUGAUAAUAUCUGUGUAUUAACAGGAGCAGGAAUAUCUACAGAAAGUGGUAUUCCUGAUUAUAGAUCUGAAGGUGUUGGACUUUAUGCAAGAAGUAAUCAUAAACCAGUUCUUUAUAAAGAUUUUUGUAACAGUGAUGCUAUUAGAAGACGAUAUUGGGCUAGAAAUUAUAUAGGUUGGCCAAGAUUUUCUUCUAUCAAACCAAAUAAUACACAUAAAAUAUUAACAAAAUUAGAAAAUGCAAAUAAAAUAAGAUAUAUUAUUACUCAAAAUGUUGAUAAUUUGCAUACAAAGGCAGGUAGCAAAAAAGUGAUAGAAUUACAUGGAACAGCAUUUAGAGUAAUGUGUCUUAAUUGUAAUGAAAGAAUAUGUAGAUAUUAUUUGCAAGAUAUUUUUGAUAGAAUUAAUCCAAAUAUGACAGUAACUAGUCAAAUGAUCAGACCUGAUGGAGAUGUGGAAUUGACACAAGAACAAGUAGAAGAAUUUAAAGUUCCAAUAUGUGAAAAAUGUGAUGGUAUUCUUAAACCAGAUAUAAUUUUCUUUGGUGAUAAUGUUCCACGUAAAAUUGUAGAAAAUAUAAAAUAUAAUAUUGAGCAUUCAGAUUCCCUUUUAAUUAUAGGUACUACAUUAACUACAUUUUCUAGCUAUAGAAUAGCAUUACAAGCUAAUAAUAUUGGAAAACCUAUAGCUAUAUUAAAUAUUGGAAAAACUAGAGUAGAUAAUCUUGCAAAAAUUAAAGUGGAAGGUAGAUGUAGUAACGUCCUAUCGAAAAUUUAUUCAAUGCUCAAUUAGCAUAAAAAAUAUAUUAUAUUUUAAUGAAAUAUUUUAAUGGAAAUAAUAUAAAUAAUUCUUUAUUUAUUUUUUAAAUCAUGGCUGUAAUUAUUUCAUUAUUUAUUAUGUAUAAUUCGUAUAAAUAAAAGAUCUUCAAU